UUUUGACCUUGUACAAGCAACCCACCAAACGACGCGAUAGCGGUUCCGCGCGUGAAUCCUUGUUUAAUCGAAUUCUGGUUGGAUCCAGUUUGAGGCGAUUACUCAUACGACGGAUGGACUAACUGGAAUUCUUAGGAAAUUCCAACCUUCAAGUUUCUCACUUGCCACCGCGGGAAGUGAUUUUUAUCGCUUCCUAGUUUUCGUUUCCUACUCGAGCCCUGAGAAGGUGUCAUGGCGGAAGCUAGACAUAAUUGCUGUUAUCUGUUCAUGAUUACAAGCGAGAUACUCGUAUGCGAGUAGAGACGUUAGAAUGACGCGAAGGUUUCGCAGGAUGAUGAUUGCUUAUCAGAAGUUUAUUUGUCUUGUCACGUUUAUGACCACUUUGUCUGGACAUAAUAUAUCAUAAUAUAUUUGACUGUAAUUUAACUAUAAACCUAACACCAGAAGUUUGUUGUGUUUUUAAUUGUACAUUGCUCCGUUUUCUGAACGUUUACCGUUAGCUGUCUUUUGUAUUAGAAGUACCUAACACAUGUGCUAUUGUUUUUUUUGGCAACAACAAAAUGGAUGCUGGACCAUUUUAUUGAAAAUGAAAAACUAAAAUUUAAGGCUGCUAAAGGUGCAGACAAACCACAAUGUUGAAUGCAUCCAAGGAUGAACGGCAUUUUCCAUUUAAUCCAAUCUCCUAGGCGAGGCCAGUAUUUUAUUUUAAUGUCCACUUUAUGGGUUUCUUUUCGUCGUAAGUUGGAUGGAUACCCGGUUAUGCAUUUUGUUACGGGUAAUCAAAGCUGCACUGUUAUCCUAUUUGCAGUUCGCGCAAUUGUCCGUAAGCAAUUGCAUUUUACCGUUGUUGGAUGGGUUUGACUGACUAGCAGAUAUAGACAAAUGGGGUGGUUCUAGAAUUCCCGUUUUCAAAGUAAACCAAAAUGUAUUUUCUUAAUGAUAGCCUUGAAAAUUUUGCUUAUCGAUUAACUAUCUUAUAAACGUCUUACUGGAUAUACAACCACGGAAGUUGUUUACUAACAACGUCGUCAUUCCACUCGCUUGUGGUAUGACGUGGAGGUGGAAGCCCUGCAGGGCAUGGUACUCAUUGCAAUGUGUGUGUAUGCGUGUGUUACUGUCUAUGCGGGGGCCGUUUUCAUUUGUAAGGCAGUCAGGAAUGCGGUACCCCGUCUCCGCCUGCUCAAGGACGCGAAAGCACGCUUUACUCGUCCUGGGGGCUGCUAGCAAGUGGUUGGUGUACUUCCAGUAUUCAAACAAGUGGACAAUUACUUUUCCGACCAAUUUGUUGACAGUGUUGAUCGUUUUUCCUUCCAAUUGAUUUAGCCUUAAUGAGGCUUUGGCAGGAAAGUGCUGCGUGACUCUGCGUACUUAUUUUCUUGGAAUUGAUCAUUAAUUUCAAUGUAAACUUUCGAAACAAUAUGUACUCUGGGUAAUCGAGAAAAUGGCUGUUCGAUUUGGUAACAAUUUCCUGUAGUCUUCUGUCGAUCUUGCUUUUUUUUUAUUGAACAAAAACGGUGUCAUUCAUUCGAAUGUCGGUCUUGUUGACUAUUUUUAGAAACUUGUGCUCUUUGAGUAUUUAGGUAUCUCUUCUGAGAUACUAAAAUAUCACUUACACUGUAAAUUCACAGAUACUAAGUAAAAACCCAAGAUGAAAAGAUACAUUUUGUCUAUAAGCAGGCUGUAAAAGGUCAGGCCACUGUGUUAGAUAAACUGACCUUAUGUGAAAUGCUUUUAAUCAUGCACUUCACGGGCACCAUGACAACGAUUUCAUUCAGAAACUCAAGCGGGAAAGGUCAGUCUAGAGAAACAGCAUAUUUCUAUGUUUCCAGUAGAGGUGUUGUACCUUUCAACACAUAGCUAUAGGGCAAUGGCUGUCAUGGUCGGUGUUUGGAUGCGACACGGCGCAUCCAUCGGAACAGUUGAAUGGUACUGCUGCCUCGAAACGGUCCGUUUUAUUUUUUCUCUGUUACCUCCCAUCGGUUACGAACUGUAGAGAACAGUGUUACCAGGUGCAAGCGCUAGGAUUUGGCCAUGUGCCGAAAGUGUUUGCAUAACACGAAUCGUCGUAAUCGCUGGUGCCGGUAUUGGUUUUACCAGAGCAGUGUUUGUUUGUUGGUUGACUUUGAUGGUGUAAAUUUUCGCUACCGGCUCAGACGAAAAAAAGAGGUAUUGCAGCAAGUGCGAGAUUUAUCGAUUGCCGGAACCAGUACAGCUGAGUCCUCGAACGCAGAGGACGUAGCGUCAUGGAUACCCUAGAUAGCGAUUUCUACGUGGAAGUCGUGCUGAAGUAUUUGGACAUCGGCGAAGAUCUGAACGUACCUGAUGACUUCACGCAGAGCGAGAUGCAGACGGGCAUGUGGUGGCGACACCUGGCCGCGGGAGGAAUCGCGGGAGCUGUAUCGCGAACAUGCACCGCUCCGCUCGAUCGACUCAAAGUGUUCCUGCAGGUUCAAUCCAGCAAGCAGCGAAUCUCAGACUGUCUACAGUACAUGCUGAAGGAGGGCGGCGUGCAGAGUCUUUGGCGAGGCAAUUUCAUCAACGUGCUUAAAAUUGCCCCCGAGUCGGCCAUCAAGUUCGCCGCGUACGAACAGGUGAAGCGGUUGAUCCGCGGCAACGACAAACGCCAGAUGACGAUCUACGAGCGUUUUGUGGCGGGAGCCUGCGCUGGUGGUGUUUCCCAGACCGCCAUCUAUCCACUAGAAGUAUUAAAAACCCGACUAGCGUUAAGAAAAACCGGACAAUACAGUAGUAUAAUGGACGCGGCCAACAAGAUCUACCGCCGCGAGGGUCUGCGCUCGUUUUACCGUGGCUACAUUCCAAACAUGCUCGGCAUUAUACCGUAUGCCGGUAUCGAUCUAGCCGUGUACGAAACGUUGAAGAAGAAGUAUCUGAGCCAUCACGAGACGGAACAGCCUAGCUUUUGGCUUCUGCUGGCGUGCGGUAGCGCCUCCAGUACGCUCGGACAGGUGUGCUCGUACCCGCUGGCAUUGGUGCGAACUCGACUGCAAGCACAAGCGGUCACCAUCGGAUCGCAGAACCCAGCGGACGGAAUCACGGCUCAAAUGCAGCCGAACAUGACGAACGUGUUCAAGCGCAUACUGCAAACCGAGGGCCCAUUGGGGCUGUACCGAGGCAUCACGCCCAACUUCAUCAAGGUGCUACCGGCCGUCUCCAUUAGCUAUGUCGUGUACGAAUACUCGAGCCGGGCUCUGGGCGUGAACAUGACGUGAUUUGCUGCGGCCGCGCAAUCGUCAUUCUCAGCUACUCAGCUACUGCUGCUACCGCUGCUACUACCAGCGUUGCUUGGUAUGCUAGCUACCGCUGUAGCGGUCUUCCUAACACCAACAGCCAUCCGUCAUCUCCGUCGUUGUCAUUCGCAGUCAUCACCGCGUCACUAUUCUUGCUGCUUCAUCACGCCCUGGAUGGCUCCCCAGUCAUCUAGCUAUUUAUUAUAUUGAAACCGUUUCCUGAAUUAACGCUUCUGCCCUCUUGCUGCUACCGAAGCUAGUAUACAAGAUUCCAGAAUAGUAACCAGAAGAAAGGAACCAGCAAGAAAUGUGCAACGGACACCGAUGGAACGGAAUACCGAGUCAUACUGGCCUGUGCUUUGUCUGCGUUUAAGGUGUACAUACUGCAAGUUAAUUUAUUUUCCUUACAAUUAUUAGCUUUUUUUUACUAGUACCAACAAAUUGAACCCUCUUUUUAGCAAAAAACAGAAUCAUUCAGAUUUGUUUCUUUAUGUUUAGCGAUAAUAAUGAUCACCAAUCAAGAGACAGCCCCCUUUAAUUUCCAUACAGUAAAGAACAUGUUAAACCGAACCGUUCAAGACUCUCUAAAAAUAUAACCACAACUGUAAUAGACAAAUUGAAACAGAACAGACAGAAAAAAUAACCAAUAGUUAUGCCAAGCUUAAGUUAUAUAUUCUACCUUUUAGUUGCGCCCAGCAUUAGAUGUAUUAGACAAUUGUCCAAUUAGCACUCCCACCUCAAAGACACACCUGCAAGAAAAAAUUGCAUUUUGCUUGCGGUUGUUGUCUUCGGUCGGAGGUGGUAGCUGGAAGUGAUUUCGUCGCGGCAGGUUCCGCGUGUAGGCGGAAGUUACAGAGGCGUGUGUGCCUGGUACCGAAUUGUAUGAAUGCAUUUUAAGACAGGUGCGAAUAGUGUUCUAAUGCGAUUUCAGCUUAGCUAGGAGUUUCGUUUUUCGUUUUUUUUAUGCUUCCGGGAAAUACUGAUAGAAACAUAUACACAAGGCCAGAGUGAAACAGACAAAAAAAAACGGCAAAAGAUUUUAAAUUUUCCACCACACUUGAAAAUAAAUGACUAGCGUCGACCCCACACAUGAGCGCGUAUGAGUGAGCGAUUUGUUAAUCUUGUUUUAGAGGUGUCGUAGAAAUUGAAAAUCUGAAAGAGGUGCUUUCUCGUAUGGCCACCCGCUAUUAGGGUAACUAUAUACAUUAUUUAUGGUUUGGUUGAACCGAAGAAGUUGGCAUGGUUCUGCGACGGCACAACAGUGAAAAUGUUGAGGUAUAAAAUGAAAAGAUCUGUCAAAUGAAAGGAAGAAAAACACAGAGAAAAAAGGAAAAAAAGUCAUAGGCAAAGUGACAAAAAAUGAUGAAAGGUGAAAUUUUUUAUUUUUGAAAUAUAAAAGAUCUUUUUUGAAAGCUAUUAUGUUUUUUGUGAGUUUCCCAAAAAAAUGUCCUCUGUUCGUGUACACUAGUGUCGGUUAUAUUUGUUUAUUUUCUGCUGGACUUCUGCUCAGUUUGAACUUAUUUUUUUAACAGUCGUGGGGUGGAAAAUCCUAACAGUUGUACAUGCAAGAAAUUAGCUGCCCUUUGGGCUUUUGUUAAGCAAAACUACAUUGCCAAUGACAAGGAUUUGAAACAACUGAGGGAGGAGUACGUUACUACGUUUUGCAAGCAGACAAUUGAUUUCUAGGUGUAAUAUUAGAUGCAGUAAAGACUAUUCUUUUUGAAAUGUUCUCUAAAGAUGCUAGAGCCCGAAUUUGCGAUAUUGCUGGUAUAAUCUUUACGAGGUUUCUGAAUAAAGUUUAUUUUAAGAGUUUCUUAAACAUUUGCGAUUCUCUCGACCUGGUUAUAUGUUACGAGAAGAAAGAAACACUCAAAAACCCAAACCCAAAGCCAUUGUAUUUAUAUAAUAUGCAGUUGAUUGCAAAAAAGUUUAAAUAACUUGCAAGUUAUGUGCGAAAUUGGAAAAUAUGUCCAAAUGUUUCUAAAGUGAAUUUUUAACCAAAAAAUGUGAUUUUUGCAUUCUUUCAGAAAAAGAAACUUUAAUUCCAAGUCCUCCAAUAAUUCAUGCCACACCAAACUGGUCAAGUUGAUCUUAAACUCUCUAGUACCCAAGUUUAUUUUCAGAAAACUUUAUAAACAUUUUUUAAGUAUUGAUUGAAGCUUUUUAGAGGUUUAACUGAAGACCGUCUACAGGGCACUAAAGGGUUAACUGGGAAAAAGUUAGUCUGAAAAUCAGAAUAAAAUUUUGAUAAUUUUUGAACUGAUUCCAAACUGAUAUCGAGCUCAGUUAAGUUUGAUCAUACUAAUUAUUUUUAAAAGUAUGAGAAAUUCAAUGAUAAAAUACGGCGAAUUAUAGAAAAUUUGAUUUUUGCAUGCAAUUUUCAAAUUAACUUUGAAUAUCAGUGAAUUAAAAUCUGGAUAAAUUCUAAUCGUUUAAUGAUGAAAAACUAAACAAUGAACCAUAAUGCUUAUACACCCGUGUUUCACAUUCGUGUUCAAGUAACGGAAAUUUAGUUUUCAAAGUUGUCAGAGUUAUACUUCAAUGAAUUAAACAGAAGUCUGGUUAUUUUUAUUUCGAUUUGACAUGACCUGUUUUUUCGCUAAUCCCUUUAUUCUUUAUGAGUUUUUGAUGUAGGUUUCCACGAUUUGAAUCGGAGUGAUUGCUAAAACUGGUCCAACUGAGAUAAUGCACAAGACGAACCGUAGACCAUGUGCUAAAGCCUGUUAGUUAGCGGUACUGUGUGAGGAACACAAAGAAAUAUUAACAAAAAACGUAAAAGUCGACAGUUUUCUUAUAUCCUAGCAAUACAGUUGUAAGUAUUUCGAACUGAUAGCUCUUGUAACCAAAAUAAGCGUGUGUAAGGAGAAUUUAAUCUCAACUGACAUUAUACCAGUGAUACAAUUGAAAAACAAAAAAUAUAAAUGUAACCACUAUUUAGAAUAUAAACCCCAACGAGUAACAUGGUUCAUUCCAAACUUAAUUCAAUUUUCAUACGCCAAUAUAUUGAACGAAAUCAAGUUUGCUACAUUCCAUACAAUCCUAGUUGUUGUUAAUGAUGAAAAUGAUUACCCUAGAAUAUCCAACAAAUUUUUGAUUACCUAGAACCAGCAAAUUUCAGCUUCUAACGUGUUACGAUAGCGGUUAAACGAUGCAACACUGACGCAAUCCGUCGGUAUACUAUAAUAGUCCUGUUUAAAAAAAAAAUGAAGCAAAACUUAGCACAAAGUUGAACAAUCGCAUUGCCACUUUCUUUUACUCUCUGGUUACCGAUAAUGAAAGUCUAUGAAACACGUUUCGAAACGAUUGAACAUCCGCAUAGUAAUUGAAUUCAAGAAAGGAUAGAAAACAAACGCGGAAUGUGUAUAACAUAUUCCUAGUUAGCGAAACUAAUAAUGAAAUGUAGACCAUAAAGUCUAAUUAUUUCUUCAAAUGGGAUUGCAAAACUGUCUCUCGAAUACAGAAUCCAAACAAAGGAACUAAAAACAAA